CUGGCAGCAGCAAACACGAGCAAGUGUCUCAGUCCACAGCAGAGCUCAGAGAAGCCUCCAGAACCCAGAGGAGCCAGCAUGGUGGAGUUCGCACCUUUGUUUGUGCCACUGGAGCGCAGACUGCAGACCUUUGCAGUCCUGCAUUGGAUCUUCUGCUUCAUGGUCUUACCCCCUUUAUGCCUUGUGGUCUUCAUAGGCCUCCUGUUGACAAGAUUCUGGUUCUUCAGUAUCCUGUAUCUGAUCUGGUUGUACUUGGACCAAAAUAGGCCAUGGCAGGGGGGCAGUCCCAACAAGGUCGUAAAGCGCUGGGUCAUAUGGAAGUACAUGAAAGACUAUUUCCCCAUCACGCUAGUCAAGACCACUGAGUUGGACCCCUCCCGGAACUACCUUGCUGCCUUCCACCCUCAUGGACUCCUGUCAGUCGGAGCUUUUACCAACAUGUGCACAGACAGCACGGGCUUCUCCUCACUUUUCCCUGGCAUCUGCCCACAUCUGACAACGAUAAACAUAUAUUUCUGGAUCCCAUUUUUCAGGGAUUACAUCAUGCAAGGGGGGCUGGUCUCAUCAGACAAGGAGAGUAUUGCUUACAUGCUGAGCAGGAAAGGAAGCGGCAACCUAGUGGCCAUCACUGUUGGGGGCAUCAGGGAGGCACUGAAAACCAGGCCUGGAGCCAACAAGCUGGUGCUGCAGAACCGCAAGGGUUUCAUCAGGCUCGCCCUGAUGCAUGGAGCAGUUCUGGUGCCGAUCUUCUCCUUUGGGGACAAUGAAUUAUAUGCUAAGACUUCUCCUGGUUUUUGGUGGAAAUGGUUCAGAGAUCAACUGUACAAGAAGAUAGGUCUUGCCAUCCCAUUCUUCUAUGGCCGUGGAGUCUUCCAGUACAGUUUUGGUUUUAUGCCCUACCGCCGACCCAUCACCACUGUGGUGGGGAAGCCCAUCGAGGUGCCGAAGAUACCACAUCCCUCCCAAGAGGAGGUGGACAGGCUGCACCAGCAUUACCUGAAGGAGCUGAGCAACCUCUUCGAAACCCACAAGCUCAAGUACAACAUCCCAAAAGACCAACACUUGGAGUUCUGCUGAGUACCUCCCCAGAGGAGGGGCUUCCCCAAAGGGCAGGGCUGGCAUUAGGGAGGGAGGUGCUGUGAUCCCAGAAGGUUUCCUGGAGGUAUCUGUUGAACACAUCUCCAGAGCCUUCACUGACUCUUGCAUCUCCACCCCAUGCCAGGCCCCAGGUCACAUCUGGCUCGUAGAAGAGGAGACCAGACUCUGGCAUCAGUGAUUUGCUCUCCUCCACUAACUCCUCUGUAACGGGCCCUCUCUUUGGUUCUGCCCACCUGAGAAAUGGGAGAGAUACUGGGAGAAAAUGCUGUCUGUGUGUCCGUCCUCUGUGGUCCUGUCACUCAAUAAGCAGGACAAACAGCAGCUCCAGUGAGCAGGUUUCUCUUCCUCUGCCUUGAGUGACAGCUGGAAGCAGCCCCCAGCUGCAGCCCUUUCUCCUACAAGCUCCCUCAUCCUGCAUCCUGCCUGUCCCAUCUCCUCCCUCCCUGAGCCGGAGAGGAGGGGGAGGUCACAACCUCCUGGCUCAUCCUGGCACCUCUGAGUUUCUGAGCCCCAUAUGGCAGCCAGAGGGGCCUGGAGGUGGGGAAGACCUGAGCUCUGUCACUGGCUAAAUGACUGUACACCAACCUCUUCAACCUCCCUCUGAGUCUCAGUUUUCCCAAGGAUUAAAAUGACCUCUGACCUCAGCUCUAAUCACACAUAGGCUGAAAGCUGCUUAUGGUAACUCCUACUCUAUCCUUUGUAAUUCAGCCCUGACCUUGGGCUCCAUAUAUGUCAAUUUAUCACAUGAAAGAUUCGAUUUUA